UGGAGGAGAAGGACGUCUCUCACCUGCUGCUGGAGCUCGGACUUGACAGCAAGCACUGCAGUUCCCAAGAACUGGAGGGACUGCCAGAGCUGCCGGUCACUGGAGACCUUGAGGAGUUGCUGGGGCUGCCAUUCACCAUUUACUGCAGCGAGAUAGAUGACGACCCAGGGACCCAGGACCCUCCUUCGAACAGGAGUGUAGGAAGUAGCCAAGGGGAGCCGAAUAUAGUUUGGCUGUGUUGCUGACUGACAGCAGGCUCCCUCUCUCUGGCAAUGUUGCUGAGCAAGCCUUAGUAACGGCAGUCAGUAUCAUCCCCAACCUAACUUCUCAGGUCAGAUUUAUGUGCAGUUUGUUUCUGGAUCCACAUCAUAGGUGUUUACUAAAUUCUUUUCAAAGUGCUUGUUAAUGAUUAAUAAAGGAAUAUGCACAUUGAUUUUGGAAUCUAACCUUAUCUUAUCACAACUACAUUGUCACUGCAAAGCACAGCCAUGAAAAGCAGUGAACAGAAACUACACUGAAACAGUUUCUUUAAGAUCAUCCAGCAGAAUGGCAAAGAGAAACCAACACUUUUGAGAGUCAUUCAGUGUGUGUGUGUGUGUGUAUGAGGAGUUAUGUGCAUCCAGGUGCCACUGAUAGUAGAUUUUUGUUCAUGUGAGAAUAUCUGAGAAUUUAUCCAAGACUUUUAAAAGACAAUCUUCACAGCGAAGGUUUCGGGAGAAAAUGCUCCAAUGGAUAGCCUCCAGAAAUUUAUCCCAGUCACUUUUAUCCUAUUUGCCUCACUAACAGGUUUUGGCUUUGGUUAUUCUAUUAUAAAUGGCCCAGCUAAUGCAACAGUCCUAGCUGGUUCAGAGGCUCGGUUUAACUGUACUGUGUCACAAGGAUGGCAAAUUAUCAUUUGGCUUUUAAACGGGAAUGCUGUUCUCACGACAACUCACCUUGGAGGAGCUGUUGUAACACUAGAUCGCUUCACUCAGCAAAAUUAUACCAGUGGUGAGACUUUUACCUCAGAGCUGAUCAUCCACAACGUCCAACAGAGCGAUUCUGGUAAAAUAGAAUGCAGCAUCCAACUUGGUAUCCCCAACAGCUAUGCCUUUCUUUCUGUGCAAGUUAAUGGAUCUUUGUUCAUCAAAGAUCACAACUCGACAGUAAGAAAGAACGAAACAAUUGAAAUUGUUUGUGAAGCCUUAGGAUGGGCUCCAGCUCCAAACAUGACCUGGAUGAUAAACAACUCUUUUGUAGAUAAGUCCAGGUAUGUUACUAACCACAGUCAAGGAUCUAAUGAUCUUCACAAUGAAGUGAGCACCUUAACUUUGACUCCGCUGGCCAAUGAGACGCUGACUUGUUUAGCUUAUAUAGAGGCACUCCCUAAGCCCCAGAAUGCAACUGUAACUCUUAUUGUGCAGGAGUCUCUUGCAGAAAAUGGUAACCAAGAAGACAGCACGCGGACACGGACUAUUAUACUUGCAGUCACACUGUCAGUUGGUUUUCUUCUUCUGAUCAUUAUUAUUUUUAUAAUAAUAUACUGCUGCCUAAAAAACAAAGAGUCCACCUAUCAAAAGGAGUUGAGAAAAGUUUCAACUAAGAAAACCAAUGAUGGUAGUGUGAAGACCAGGAGAAGCAGUGGUAAUGAAAAUUCUGGAUACAGUCCAGAGGACCCAGUGCACACAAAACAAAUGCCAAGAAUCGCCCCUCUUCCCCCAGUGGCUUCCAACUUUCAUCGCCCAGAAGAAGAUUUAGAAGUCAGUUCCGCAUCAGAGAUCUCAACACAUGUAAGGUGGCAGUCAACUCAGGUCCCCAGAUCAUCACGUUCUCUUCCAUACCACACUUCCAUUUCACCUGUGCAUCACCUUAAUCAUCAUAGGCAGCAACCUAAGACACAAAACUACAAGAGGCAGCAAAUGAGGACCCCUCACUUAAGGAUCAUUUAUCCCAGGACCCUGCAAUCCAGAAGCCAGCAUCCACAUAGCAGGACCCUGUACCGCUACAAACACCAACACAGACAUCAGCACCCACACACUAGGGCCCGGCAUCCCAGAACUCAGCAACGAAAGGGUCAGCACCUACAAACAAAUAAACAACCACUCAGAAGUCAGCACCCACAACCCAGGAUCCACCAGCCCCAGGGGCAGCAAAUCAAGAACCAGCACCCUUCUGCCAGGACCAAACAAUUUGGGGAUCAGCAACCCCAGUCAAGGAACCAGACAUCCACAGGCCAGAACCCCCAACUAGUGACUCAGAAACCAAAGGAUCCUCAUCUGUAAUCCAGGAAUCAUCAAUCCAGAGGCCAGCACCAGCAACUCAAGACUGAACAAACCUGAAGCCCUCACCUGAACCUUAGAUCCAUCAAUCUAGGAGCUGCCCCUGUGAUCUUCCAUACCACCAAGUGCAGCGGCAUUACUUUUGUUUUUACAGACCUUCUACCUUUUGUUUUGCUCCUUCUUUCAGAUUUGGAAAUUGUUGGUUUUGUCUCCCCUUUCCUCCAUUAUAAUCAGGAAGGUUUUGGUUGGGUUCUUCUUCUUUU